CCAAUACCAAAUAGUGAUAGAAUUGAGUUCAUGAAAGAAACCAGAACCAAAAUACCCCAUUUCUCUCCCACUUCUUCUCCGCCAUUUUCUUUAUUUAGUUUGGAACUGCUUUUUUGAAAAGCACUUUUAGGAAAGCACUUUCACUAAAAGCACUUCUAGUAGAAGCAUAUUGGGUACGUGGUGAUGUUCAAGAAGUUCCAAACAGGGUUAUUUGUUAUGCUAAGUCCUAAAGAAAGAGAUUUGAUUUUUUAGCCAAUGCCAACUGGUGGUUGGGUUGCUCACUUCCUCAAUUACGACAAUAUUCCUCUUCAUAUUACCAAAGUUGUUCUUCAGCCACAUUCUCUGUGUUUCUCUGUCUCUCUGUAUCCCCCUUCUUUUUCUUCAGCUGAAUUACAUUGAUAAGUAAAUAAAAAAUAGCUGUGGUUUAAGCUCUAGUUCUUACCAUUUGUUUGUGCAAUGAGAUUUCUGGGGUCAGCCAACAUGAAGCUUUUCUGGGUUUUGGGGUUUAUGGGGUUUGUGUUUUGCAGAACAGAUAGAACUUUUAUUGGGGAUGUGAAUGUCGCACAGGAACAAGACCUGCAUUAUACUGAGAGUAAUGUGUAUGGCUAUGCAGCUUAUGGUUAUGGGUUUUCCAGCAGACCCUUAAUGGUGGGUCUCACACUCAUCAAUGGAGCUGCUGCCAAAGGAGCAGUCUGCCUGGAUGGAACAUUACCUGCUUACCACAUCCACCAUGGAUACGGGUCAGGAGCAAACAGUUGGCUCAUUCAGUUGGAGGGAGGAGGAUGGUGUGAUACAAUCAGAAACUGUGUUUACCGUAAAAAAACUCAUCGUGGUUCAUCAGCAUAUAUGGAGAAGUAUAUACCAUUUGCAGGGAUACUAAGCAACAAAGCAGGAGAAAACCCUGACUUUUACAAUUGGAACAGAGUUAAGGUUCGAUAUUGUGAUGGUGCAUCUUUCGCCGGCGACAGUCACAAUGCGGCUGCCCAAUUGCAUUUUCGAGGACAACGUAUCUGGAAAGCUGCUAUGGAAGACUUGAUGUCAAGGGGAAUGCGCUAUGCUAAUCAGGCUCUUCUUUCUGGAUGUUCUGCUGGUGGGGUUGCAACUGUACUCCACUGUGAUGAAUUUCGUGGAAUGUUCCCUGCAACAACUAGAGUGAAGUGCCUCAGUGAUGCUGGACUGUUUCUUGACGUAGUUGAUGUAUCUGGUAGUCGCACUUUGAGAAGUAUGUUUAGAAGAGUGGUUAGUCUGCAGGGGGUGCAAAAGAAUCUCCCAUGGAGUUGUACCAAUCGCCUCCACCCAACUUUGUGCUUUUUCCCCCAGCACCUAAUUGCAAGUGUCAAGACUCCCCUUUUUCUGGUCAAUGCAGCUUAUGAUACAUGGCAGAUCCAGGCCAGUUUAGCUCCACGAACAGCAGACCCUAACGGCCAUUGGCAUGCGUGCACAAAAAAUAAUGGACGUUGUGCUGCAUGGCAGAUGAACUUUUUGCAAGGUUUCCGGAUUCAAAUGCUCAAAGCUGUAAGUGGAUUCUCGAGGGCUGGUAAAAAUGGUUUGUUCAUAAAUUCUUGCUUUUCUCAUUGCCAGACUGAGAGACAAGAUACCUGGUUUUCUCAAAAUUCUCCUCUUAUUGGAAAUAAGGGGAUCGCAAAAUCAGUCGGAAACUGGUAUUUCGAUCGGUAUAGUAUCAAAGCUAUAGAUUGUCCGUACCCUUGUGACAAGACCUGCCAUAAUCUGGUGUUUAAGUGAAAAUUACUGUAUAUCAUCUCUUGCCAUAAUCUGGUGUUUAAGGGUAAAUUUCUGUGUAUCAUCUCUAUUUGUCUUCUCUCCCCAAUUUAUAUUGCCAAUGGCGUUUAAUGUAACAUUUUACCUUCUAGACCGAGUCAUUGCUAUGAAGCUCAAAGAGCGAUCAACAUGUUUAUGUAUCAUUUUUAUGAUCCAAUAUAUAAAUGUAAUCCUCUUGAUUAAAUUCCAGUUAUAAUUUGACAUCCA